CCCCGAAACUUCGAUAACUUCCAUAACGAUUUUACCAACAUUGCCACCUUACAUUAGCAAACACAAAAACACCAGACCACGCUGUUUUCUUUCACUUCAAUUCUUUCAAAUCCCAAUCCAAAACCAAACACAAGAUGUCAAAUCCCGACGGAAAUUCGUCGCCAAAGAUACAUGUUCAGUCUCCCCCUGUGGCGCCUUCUGCGCCCACUGAGAGCCAACGGACGUCGGCUACCGGCGGCGGUGGAAUAGCCGGAAUCCUGCGGCGGUGGAAGAGGGAGGACUUGAUGAAGAGAGGGUCAUUAGCACUGCGAGGGAUCGCUCUGUUUCUCUCUUUGAUUUCAUUCAUUGUCAUGGCCAGCAAUAAACACGGCGAUUGGAGAGAUUUCGACAAAUAUGAAGAGUACAGGUACUUGCUAGCUAUAGCGAUUUUGUCUAGUUUGUACACUGGAGGCCAAGCGUUCCGUCAAAUUCAUGAACUUUCCACUGCAAAACAAUUGCUUAAGCCAAAAAUGGCAGCUAUCAUUGACUUUUCUGGUGAUCAGAUUGUUGCAUAUCUUUUGAUGUCAUCUGCUUCUUCAGCAGUUCCAUUGACAAAUAGAAUGAGGGAAGGGUCUGACAAUAUAUUUACAGAUGCUUCAGCUGCAGCCAUUAGCAUGUCUAUUUUUGCCUUUUUGUCUCUAGCAGCAUCAGCCCUUAUUUCUGGCUACAAACUAUCAACUCAACCUUAUAUCUGAAGGCGGAACUGUGCAAAACUCUCCCUAUUAUUGUUUCACACUUUCAUACUUCUAUACAAAUCACAUUUUUCUGUAAAGAUGAGAAAGGAACUCAGACCUCACCUCUCUGGCUCUGUUCACAUGUUAAACAGUGAGAUCUGAUAUUGAUUUAAUAUACCAAUACAUGUAAUGUUUAAUCUCUUUUGUAUUGGAGACUGUUUAUUGACCAGUUUGGCCAAAAAAGGAAAAACCAAUGUGGGGAAUGCAUUAUUCUUGCCUGAGUCUGAGACACAGGCAAUAGAAGUCAGAACUGAAGUGCAUUUUGUUUCCAUAGCAAUAAAAGACUUGACUUGCUAAAAUGUUAGAUUUCAACUUUCAAAAUUUGGACACUAGUUUAAUACAAAAUUCUCUGCCGUGAAAAUUUUCUGAACUGCCUCUUCUUUUCUACUUAAAUAAGAAGUUACUAAACAUUUCAUUAUCAUCAAAAUUUGCAUCAAGGACUAUGUUUUGUUUUGAGGGCAAUAAGGACUUUGAAUUGAAUAUUUAUCAAAGUCUGAGAUGGCGUUGUAAAAUAUGGAAAUUCUGGACCUCCUGAUAUUCAUCAGUCAUCACAAAUCAUUUAAUAUAAACAAGAAGUAGAGACUGCAUAGUGGAAAUUGCCAGCACAAGCAUUCUUACAAGAUUAAUUAAAGAAGAUUCUUCCAAGAAAACCUUUUCCCCUAAAAUACAACAAAAGAAUAAUAGAAUUCAUUCGUCAAAUCAUAUGAUAAAGAUCAAAGUUUCUAUUGGGAGAUGAACUUGGUAGACAGGUAGUAUAGCAACAAUUUGCUGUCACUAUGGCUGUAGUUCCACUCACUAAUCUAAAUGAGGUAACCAAGAAAACAAUUGGGAAUUCUUUGUCCAUAUUCUGCUGUGAUGAGUAA